AUGUAUUGGCUUGAUGUAUGGGGUUUCAGAGGCGUGGUUGAAUGUGGAAGGCCGAUGAAGAUGGACAACGAGCUUAUAACUGCCUUGAUCGAGCGCUGGAGGCCUAAGACACAGUGUUUCCACCUACCAGUUGGAGAAGUUACCGUAGCCUUACAGGAUGUGCAAAGCCUGUGGGGUUUGAGAGCAGACGGUCGUGUUUUCACUGGCCGUGACUACCCUAUUAGAUAUGAAGAUUGGCCCAGCAAGUGUCGAGAUGUGUUGGGAUGGAUACCUGACGCAGAAACAGAAACGAAGCAAGGUGGUUUGUUGAUGACAUCUCUGAUCCACCAAGCGACGAUACCUUUAGGUGAUGGGCUGCAUGAGUAUGCAUACAUCCAAAGAGCACGUAUACAUGCUCUGAUCUUGUUAGGGGGGCUUAUUAUACCGGACACCACAGGGUGCAAGGUCCCCUUUAUGUGGUUAAAUGCCUAUGACGAUCCGGAAGAAGUGGCUAAUAUCAGUUGGGGUAGUGAUGCUUUAGCAUUUCUGUAUCAUUAUCUGUGCGAGGCUUCUGUAGGCAGACAUAAAAGAGAUGUGGGUGGACCUAUGUUUCUGUGGACACCGUAUGCAGAUUGUAUCCUGCCUGAUUACUGCAUUGAUUCGACUGCAUCCUUCUUGUGCGACACUUAUUUGGUGUGCUGGUCAUUUGUCGAGGCACACGAGGCUAGACGCGUUUGCCGACAAUUUAACCGCUACCAACGUAUUCCUCAGUACUGUGAUAGGAUGUUACAUAAUGCCGGACAUUUGAGUAAAAGUCACCGCCGUGGGCGGAAGGGCACUGAUUGGGCUAAGGUACAUAAGUUCUUCAUUGAUGAAUGGGACUAG